AGGUCUGCAUUUUCACUUAGAUAGUUUGAGGACAGCCUCCCCAGCUGUAAUAACGUAAUCCUCUUUAGAUAAUUUCCGCUUUGAUUUGGUCUCAAACUCAAUCGAGUUCUACGUGGUAGUGGAGCUAGGUGAGCACCCAGUUGUAUGUCAACAUAGAUUGUUCGUUUCGUAGGAUAGGGUGAUAAAGAUACGUUAUAUGUUUUGUUGAAAGAGUAGAGUUUUGGAGUCCUUUCUGUAGAUAGUUUUGCAAUACGCUUUUGUACUCCCACUCUCCCAGAAUAAAGGUGUUCGAAUAGUAAAUAGCCUAUUGAUUCUAGUCUGAAUCACGAAGUCAAGGAUCAUCCUUCCCCGCCUCAGUCAUUGACACCUCCAUACUAUCACAUUUACGUUGGUUUUGACCUCUUCGUUCCUCUCGCCAUUCCAAAAAUCCAGCUUCAUCUUUGAGAACCUCAAGCAGUAGUCUUUAUUUGUUUUGAUUCACCAUUGUUCUUGUAAAGUAGUACUAGAAGCUAUCUUAUUCAACGUCAUAGCUUAGAGGAGGUAUAUAGAGAGUUUGAGAAUCAUGUCGAAGUCACGAGGUGGCGUGUCUUCAAUGAGCAUGGGGGGUGGGUCCUCUGGCGGCGGACGGCGUGGUUCCUCAUUUAUGGGUGCUCAGUACGACAUAGCGGAGGAGGCUAAGGUAUGCAAGAACACGUCCCAGAUCUCGCUGAAACAAGCCGCCAAAGACCACGAGUGCUACUGGAAAAGUCAUGACGCCAAUCCACACGAAAUCAUUUUUGACUUCGGACGAAAGGUACUUCCUCGAUGUUGAUGUUCACACGAGGACACGGCUUGCCGUAGUUGGUAGACUUGGAUCAAAGAUACGUUUCUGCCCAAGAAUAGUCCUCGUGGUCAUAGAUGAAUGACUUUCCAUAUGCAUUGCUACUGCUUCGUAUGGGUUAGUGACCCUGAAUCUAGCGAUUUGUUUGCCUAUCUUCAGGGUGAAAUCCUUUCUACAAAAUGAAAAUUUCAGAUAUCGCUGACAACGAUGGAUAUCGGUUUGCUAGGGUGCGAUACCGUUCACGACCAUAUCAGUUACAACCCAAAAUGUGUCGCCGUUAGCUACUGCCAAGAUGCGGAGUUCGAUCCAAGUGCCAACCGGGCACUGUGGUUGCCAGCGAAGCGCAUCUUUUGCCCACGAGAGGUUGAAGAGCUGGAGGUACAAUUCACUUUUUUGCGCAAUCUGUACGAAGUAACUAGGAAGUUACAUGAAUGGCUAAUUCAAAUCCUAUAUGCUAUCUCGUCGCCAGCUAGAGAUCGCAGACCCGCUCUCGCAUGCUUUCAAAUGACUCUCUGCCCAUCUGCUGUAAGGUUUCAUGGCGAUGCGAGGAACCAGCGCGGUUCUGGAAGUUGGAGUUGCAAAUGGCUUGGGAAAAGGCGCCACAUAUGAUCAUUAAAAGUAUGAAGAUGCUUGCGGAAGACGCAGGAGCACGGCCAAAAAAUAGUGAUCUGAAGACCAUGUCAAAAGAGCAGACUAGUAAGCUGACCAGGCUGUCCAUGGAAUUCGACAUGGAUAAAAAUCUAUCCGAAGAUAUUAUCAAGGUACACUUCUUCACCUACUUUUAGUAUUAUCCAUCGCAUUCGCAUGAUGACACCAUUUCAAAAGGCCUCUGACCAGCUCUUGAGCUGCGUGAUUAGGUUCUGAAACGAGAAAAGGUUAAAUGUCUGAGACAUCGCUGUAUGACGCAGUAUGACAAUGACUGAAUUCGAAACUACAGUCCGAGUUCUUGGGUACAAGUUUCAUCACUAAAAAAUCAAGAUUUCAUGCAUACUAAUCUUUUGAUUUUUGUUUUCAAUAAUUCUAGGUACGCGCACUAGCACGUAAGUAUGGAGUCACUGUAGACGAUGCGGAGAUGUUGAGAAAAAAGUUCAAUCUAUUCGACGCGGAUGGAUCUGGUAUAAAUUAAAGUGAUGCCCAAAAAAUAGCACAAGCUCCUUCUGAAUAGUAGUUGUUCAAAGUCGUGAUUCUGUUUGCCUGUUCUCACCAUGCAAUUUGUUAUCCUAUGUAUCGUUGAAUUAGAGUAAACGAAGGAACAGGAUUCAACAUCCUAGUUGUUCCCCCCAUUGUUCACACAUACGAUAAUACAUCCCGCCGAUCCCUAAAAAACCCUUCCAGGAUUCAUCGAUAAAGACGAGUUCAAGCAAGUGCUGCAGGCGUUCAUGGGGCAAAAGAAUGAGAUUUCGAAAGAGCGGUUUGACUCCUACUGGCGGGAUGUCGAUCAAGAUAACUCAGGAGAAGUGGACUUCGAAGAAUUCUUGGCCUGGUAGUUUUUCUUAACAAUGGGUAUACAUCGGCAUGAUUGAUGUAGAUGUUGUUUGAAUCAACAUCAACAUAUCGAGCUUCAUUUUUUGUUUCUGGGCAUUUUUUUCUACUGAUUACGAGGAAGUUCAUCUAUCCAUCAUGAAAUUCUAAACAGGUACCAAGUGACCGUGAAGACUGGCGGCCUAUCCCCGGAAGGAUUCUACGCUACCUUCGGUAUGCAACGACUCGGGCGCAUUGCCCAAGCCUACGACGACGAGUAGGUUCGCUACUUGUCAAGAGGAACUAGUGACUUUGUAGUCGUAGUAGCAGUUCACGUUGAGUAAGAUAUUUUCAGAUCGAUAAGACGCAACUCAGAACUUUAGGAAACCCUGUCAUGUUUUAGAAAGUAUACAGUUGAAGCGAGUCAGAAAUAGAAUCAAGAAUGAGCAUCUUCAGUAAGUACUAUGUUCAUGUCAACGUAAGCGAAAGAAAUUUGAAAGAAAUGUCUUCCUGUAUAAGUACAAUGAACUCUGCGGCCGUGGUGGUGCUAGGACGCAUGGAAACUGCUAGGGACGAGAGAGGUUAUAGUCAGUUUUUUGUUCUAGUUCUUCACACAUGAGACAAACGUGUGUAUAUGUUUAUCUUAUUUUGGAAAAUUGACGGGGAUCUCGACGAGCGCACAAGUGACCCUGACUCCGAUACCGGAUCGGGCGAAAAGUGCGUUCUUUGUGUUGUUUGUUAGUAGAAGUCGAGAAAAAGUAAUGUCAUUAGAGGCGAUAGAAUUUUUAGAGGUCGUGCAUUCGAGGUAUGAUUCUUCUAGUAGAAUGUUGCAAUAGAAGUAGGCAGAUAAUCGAGGUGUCCAAAUAUUCAUCUAGUAGAAUCUUGCAAAUACAUUGAAUUGAGCAGUAGACAACUCAGUAGUACUUGUGUCGAAAUUAAAUCGCCGAUUUCUAUCUUCGUUUUGGCAUAUCAAAUUAGCUGGAUUAUGUUAGGCGAAACACAAGGAGGGGGGCGAACUAUUGUUCAGUGACUCAGGUGGACUGUCGGAGGCUCGAGCUCCUACUGGUGCCGUUCCCUUGUUUAUCUACUAAUCUGUGGCCGCACCAACACUCACGUGCUUCCAGCAACACAGUUUUUCGACAUACGUUCGACAUUAAUCAGAAAAAAUAUGUCCCUACGGAGAUGGAGAUUCGCUCGCAACCCCCACAUGCUCACAUAGUGCAGCUCCUCGUCGAAGACAUCCCGGUCUGGCGGCAAAGUGCACGCUCCUCUCGUCGCGUGGAAGUUUAGACGACUACACGACCAGGAGGAGUAGGCAUGAAUAUGUCGGGAAUACUGCCACCGAUAAAACAGGGCUUAGCGUCCUUGUAUAGUUUAGGGGGGCCUUUCUAUGCAUAGUAAUUACCAAAGAAAAGGUUGAAGCUGACGUAACAGUAGUAGCAGUAUUCCAAAGUAUAUGAGGCUGAGGGUCUAUUCUGAAACCAGGAAGAUGAGCUACCACGACGAUAUGAACAUUCAACAUUCGAUUUCGAAUGUGCCAGCUAAUGUUGAAGUAUUAUUCUGAUCACUAUUUCGAUCCGCGGGGUGACUGUGAAGGGAGAUUGAGAG